CAGCAAUCCAUGAAAAUGCUCUGGAAAUUAACUGAUAACAUUAAAUAUGAAGAAUGCGAGGAUCGUCAUGACGGCACCAGCAACGGGACAGCAAGGCUACCUCAGCUGGGCGGCGUGGGCCAGAGUCCGUACACGAGCGCCCCGCCGCUCUCCCACACUCCCAACUCAGACUUCCAGCCUCCGUAUUUCCCGCCGCCUUACCAGCCCAUCUACCCCCAGUCUCAGGACCCUUAUUCGCACGUCAACGACCCGUACUCUCUCAAUUCCCUGCACGCGCAGCCGCCACAGCCGCAGCACCCGGGCUGGCCGGGCCAGCGGCAGAGCCAGGAGAGCAGCCUGCUGCACCAGCACCGUGGCCUGCCCCACCAACUGUGCAGGGAGUACCGCCGGGAGGUGCUCCUCCCUUCCGGCCACGGACUCGACACGGGACUGUCAGACUCUAUCCCUAUCCAUGGAAUACCUCAUUCUCUGGAGGACGUGCAGCAUGUCGAGGAUCAAGGAAUUCACAUUCCAGACCAGACUGUAAUUAAAAAAGGUCCAGUCUCUUUAUCCAAGAACAACAACGUAUCCGCCAUCCCCAUAAAUAAGGACGGUCUUUUCGGCGGCGUGGUAAACCCCAACGAAGUGUUCUGCUCGGUUCCGGGUCGCUUAUCCCUGCUCAGCUCCACAUCAAAGUACAAGGUCACAGUGGCGGAAGUACAGAGACGCCUUUCGCCGCCCGAAUGCCUCAAUGCCUCACUGCUAGGCGGGGUGCUGAGAAGGGCCAAGUCUAAGAACGGAGGAAGGUCCUUAAGGGAAAAAUUGGAUAAAAUCGGGUUGAAUUUACCAGCUGGUCGACGCAAGGCGGCGAACGUUACCCUACUGACGUCACUGGUGGAAGGCGAAGCGGUACACCUUGCCAGGGACUUUGGUUAUGUAUGCGAGACUGAGUUUCCAGCCAAGGCAGUAGCUGAAUAUGUAAACCGUCAGCAUUCCGACCCAAACGAACAAGUCCAAAGAAAAAACAUGCUAUUGGCAACGAAGCAGAUCUGCAAAGAGUUCACAGACCUGCUUUCCCAGGACCGCUCGCCGCUGGGGAACUCCAGACCCCAGCCCAUUCUCGAACCCGGGAUCCAGAGCUGUCUGACCCAUUUCAGUCUCAUUUCGCACGGAUUCGGGACGCCGGCCAUGUGCGCGGCCAUCACAGCCCUCCAGAACUAUCUGACCGAGGCUAUCAAAGCCAUGGACAAAAUGUACCUCAACAACAACCCCAACAGUCACUCAGAUAGCGGCACUAAAGGCGGAGACAAAGACGAGAAGCACAGAAAGUGA